AUGGCGCAGUGCGUUAACAUAUCCGAUAGCGACAGCUCAGGCAAAGGUCAUCUCAACUGCAGUACACCGUACGUUCCAAACCAUGCCAGAAUUCAGAAUCCUCGCUUGAACUACCAAUUCAGAGACAGGGUGACUGUGACUUGCGACGCCGACGAGUCUAGCUUUACUUUGCAGUGUCACAAUAAAGGCUUGUGGAGCGGACCAGACGUAUCCUGCCCAGUGCCUGCACCUCCACCAUCAAAAGUGCUCUCCUGCAACGCCCCGGUAGUGCCUCCCUAUGCCACCAUUGGGAAUCUUCGACUCUCGUACAAACCCGGAGACAGAUUGAAUGUCACGUGUGAUAUAGGAGGAGAACCGGUUACAUUGGAAUGUGACGAUGGGUUAUGGACAGGACAGAAUGUAGUGUGUGAUUCCCCCGCCCCAGCGUGCAAUCCGCCGUACAUUCCUUCGAUCUCACAUAUUGAAGCUGUUAAACCACGCUACAAGAAUGGAGAACAAGUGAAUAUUACAUGUAAUGAUAACUCCGAUCAGUUUGUCUGGGAAUGCAGCGAAGAUGGUUCGUGGCGAGGAAGGUACAUCACAUGUGCAUUCAAUGUAACACCUGUUGCAGGUCAGGACCCAGGUGCUCCUGCGCAAAUAAUAAACCCACCAAAGGAAGUCAGUGGCAGAGAGUACUUUAUCACCGGCCUUCUUGUAGUAGCUGUCAUUUUGUUCGUUCUGGUUUUAAUGAGUUUGGCGAUGUUCUUCAUUUUCGUUAGGAAUCGUGGAUACGGCUUGGCAUCAUCAUCAAAAGAAGCUCUCAGUGAGAAAGCUCGGGGACCUCUGCCAGAUGUUCCGGAAGGAUAUGCGAAUUAUGUCGCUGGCGAACAAUCCCUCUACGUUGAACCUUAUCUCAAACAAAAUGGAGAUCCGAACCCCAGCUACGAAGUCUACGAAAAACCAGUUUGAGACAAAUGACCGACCUUAUCCUCUUCUUGAAAAAUAUACAGAGACACCAAGCGAAAUUCGAUUUAUGUUUAUCAACAGAGGCAUUAAAGGACUCCCCGUCACUUCAGUUUAUAAUGUUAAUACUAGAUCUAAUAGGUUAGAAACCUCUAUUUGAAGCGUGUGGGCUUUUUUAAUCUACAGUAAAAGUAUGUUUCUUGUACAACUUAUAUUAUUUUCCUAAGAAGUAAAGAAAACGUUUGGUUGAUGUG